AAAACAGCCAGCGGAAAGGGAAUCAGAUAUCGGUUUAUAUCCAGGGUCAUCCAGACUCGUAAAGUUCUGUCCAGUCGGAAUCUCCCUGCGGAUAUUUCUGCUGUCUCUCCUUUAGGAUUUUAAAGCCUUUCUUUAGUAAGGAAAAGAAUCUGAAGCUUGUAGCCAGACAGAUGCUUCUGAGACUCAGACCAUACAAGACAAGACUAAAAAAACAAGGAGCAUUCCGUGAGCGAAAAUGAAAGAAGACGACAGUGUGUCCCGGCGUUCCUGAGAUACUGAUCUAGAACAUGACGCUCCCAAGCAGUGGAAUACACUGAGUUACCAGAAACAUGGCUUAUUAGCAGGAUAAAAGCUUCUGGUCAGACAGAAUCCGGAUGCGUUCCUAUUUAUUAUUGGACCAGGACACGUCAAGGACAAUCAGAGAGUCAGGCUAAUCCUAGUGACAGAAAAGCAGGAAACAGAAAAAGUGUUAACUUCCUGUAGAGGGCUGUGUUCUGUUCCUGUAGUGCCGAGUUCGUCUGAAAAACACAAAAGCGUUAUUAGAUUUGAUUUCAGAUUUCCGGGGGUUUAUGAGCCCGUAAAGUUUGCUACUUAAACUGACCCUUCGAUUUCAGCCAAAGCAGCUUGGUGUGAGCCGGGAUUAACGGCCUGGAAAAUGAAGGUGCGGCAGCAGAGACGCCGAUGAGAGGUUUGACGCCACCUUUCACACCAACGUGCUGGUGAACUCCUCAGGAGCCUGUCAGUAUAUCCCACCAGGUAUACUGAAGAGCACCUGUUACAUUGACGUGCGCUGGUUCCCGUUCGAUGUGCAGAAGUGUGACCUGAAGUUCGGCUCCUGGACUCACAACGGCUGGCUGCUGGACCUGCAGAUGCGCGAGGUGGACAUUUCCACAUACAUCCCUAACGGAGAGUGGGACCUCGUGGGGGUUCCAGGGAAGAGGAACGAGCUGUAUUAUGAGUGUUGUAAAGAGCCGUACCCGGACGUGACCUACACGGUGACCAUCAGGAGACGGACGCUGUACUACGGACUCAACCUGCUCAUUCCCUGCGUCCUCAUCUCAGGCCUGGCGCUGCUGGUCUUCCUGCUGCCUGCUGACUCUGGAGAGAAGAUCUCACUGGGCAUCACCGUGCUUCUGUCACUCACCGUCUUCAUGCUGCUGGUGGCGGAGAUCAUGCCCGCCACCUCCGACUCCGUCCCCCUCAUAGCUCAGUACUUUGCGAGUACGAUGAUGAUCGUGGGCUUGUCCGUCGUCGUCACCGUCCUCGUCCUGCAGUUCCACCAUCACGAUCCCCACGGGGGCAAAAUGCCAAAAUGGGUGCGAGUGAUCCUGCUCCAGUGGUGCGCUUGGUUCCUGCGCAUGAAGAAGCCAGGUGAUGAGCGUAAGUCCGCCUACAGCUACUCCAGCGCCAGUACCAGCAGCCUGCAGAUGGGCAGUGUGCCCGGUCAGAUGGGCACCAACGGCCACACCAACCUCUACUUUGGCUUCCACUCGCCAGACAGCACGUGCUGUCCCAAUAGCAGCGACUCGGGCGUGUCAUGCGGAGUUUCCUGCGGCGGCGGGCAUCGCGAGGCAGCCUCGGCGCUAUCGGGCGAGCAGCGAGAGCUGCAGAGGCUCCUGGUGGAGGUGUCAUACUUGGCACAGCGUUUCCGGGCGCAGGACGACGCCGAGGCGGUGCGAAGCGAGUGGAAGUUCGCGGCGGCCGUCGUGGAUCGCCUCUGCCUCGUCGCCUUCUCGCUCUUCUCCAUCGUGUGCACCUUCGCCAUCCUCAUGUCGGCGCCCAACUUCAUCGAGGCCGUCUCCAAAGACUUCACAUAAUCGGCCCGCUUUUAUCUUACACACUGAAAUGAGAAAAAAACUGACCACUGCCCGCGUGUGAAAUUCAGAGUACGUUGUGAGUCAGAUUUCGUCUGAGUAACAUGUUGAUCUGUUGUUGUCACCAUUGUAUUUCUAGUCAAAGGUUUAAGAAAACAAACUGUUACCGUUUAUAGAAAUGCAAUACGAGUCACUGGGAUUCACUCCGAGUCGCCGGGAAAAAAGGUUUUUGUAUAAAUUCUGUUGAAAUUGAUAUCAGAUGUAAUGAGGUAUAAUGAAUCAAAUCAAACCAUUAUAGAUAUUGAACAGUAAGCAGAUCUCUGCCAUAGCCUGUGUGAGUCAGAAUGAGUGAGUGAGCAAGUGAAUCAGAGUGAUUCAGUUUAAUUUGGUGUGUGUGUGAGUCAGAAUGAGUGAGUGAGCAAGUGAAUCAGAGUGAUUCAGUUUAAUUUGGUGUGUGUGUGUGAGUCAGAAUGAGUGAGUGAGCAAGUGAAUCAGAGUGAUUCAGUUUAAUUUGGUGUGUGUGUGUGAGUCAGAAGUGAAUCAGAGUGAUUCAGUUUAAUUUGGUGUGUGUGUGUGAGUCAGAAUGAGUGAGUGAGCAAGUGAAUCAGAGUGAUUCAGUUUAAUUUGGUGUGUGUGUGUGAGUGAACUGGAACUGAUCAGAGUAUGAAUCAGCCUGAGUCAAUUUGAACUAGUGUGAGUGUGAAUCAGUGUGUUUGAAUGGGUUGAGUAUGAAUCAGUGUGAGUCAGUUUGAAUCAGUGCGAGUCAGUUUGAAUCAGUGAGUUCGUAUGAAUUGGUGCGAGUAUAUAAUGUGUAUAACUGUAUAAUUUAAAUUGUGAGUCAGUUUAAAUCAUCGUAGGUGUGAAUCAGUUUGUGUCAGUGUGUGUGCGAAUCAGUAGGCAUCAGUGAGUGUAUUGAACUGGACUGAGUAUGAAUCAGUGCGAGUCAGCUUGAAUUAGUGUGAGUGAGAAUCAGUGAGGUAGUAUGAAUUGGUGUGUGAAUCAGACUGAGUUAGUUUGAGUCAAGGUGAGUGUGAAUCAGUUUGAAUCAUGGAAGGUGUGAAUCAGUAGGCAUCACUGAGUGUAUUGAACUGGUCUGAGUAUGAAUCAGUGUGAGUCAGUUUAAAUCAGUGUAAGUGUGAAUCAGUGAGUUAGUAUGAACCAGUGUGUGUCUGAAUCAGAAUGAGUUAGUCUGAGUCAGGGUGAGUGUAAGUCAGUGAAUCGGUUUGACUCAUGGUAGGUGUGAAUCAGUAUGAAUCGGCGAGUGUAUUGAACCGGUCUGAGUAUGAAUCAGUGCGAGUCAGCUUGAAUUAGUGUGAGUGAGAAUCAGUGAGGUAGUAUGAAUUGGUGUGUGAAUCAGACUGAGUUAGUUUGAGUCAAGGUGAGUGUGAAUCAGUUUGAAUCAUGGAAGGUGUGAAUCAGUAGGCAUCACUGAGUGUAUUGAACUGGUCUGAGUAUGAAUCAGUGUGAGUCAGUUUAAAUCAGUGUAGGUGUGAAUCAGUUUGAGUCAGUGUGUGUGUGAAUCUGUAUGAAUCAUUGAGUGUAUUAAACUGAUAUGAGUAUGAAUCAGUGUGAGUCAGUUUGAAUUAGUGUGAAUGUGAAUCAGUGAGUCAGUAUGAAUCGGUGUGUGAAUUAGACUGAGUAAGUGUGAAUCAGUGAAUCAGUUCAAAUCAUGGUAGGUGUGAAUCAGUUUGAGUCAGUGUGUGUGUGAAUCUGUAUGAAUCAUUGAGUGUAUUAAACUGAUAUGAGUAUGAAUCAGUGUGAGUCAGUUUGAAUUAGUGUGAAUGUGAAUCAGUGAGUCAGUAUGAAUCGGUGUGUGAAUUAGACUGAGUAAGUGUGAAUCAGUGAAUCAGUUCAAAUCAUGGUAGGUGUGAAUCAGUUUGAGUCAGUGUGUGUGUGUGAAUCUGCAUGAAUCAUUGAGUGUAUUAAACUGAUAUGAGUAUGAAUCGGUGUGAGUCGGUCUGCAUUUGUGUGAAUGUGAAUCAGUGAGUUAGUCUGAGUCAGGGUGAGUGUGAAUCAGUGAAUCGGUUUGAAUCAUGGUAGGUGUGAAUCGGUGUGAGUCAGUUCGAGUUCAUCCGGGAGUGAAUCAGUGUGUCAAUAUUAAUGUAUAUUAAAAAGUAUUCGGUUGUUUUUGACAAAUCUGUAUAACGCUGGAUAUAAAAAGGUAUUCGGAGUGUAUUUUAACCCCUUUAUUUUCUUCUCAAAGCCCUGACCCUGUCCGAGUUUCUAGUGGACGUUCACUCUAGGCUCUCUGCAGCACUCGUGUAGCGCUAGGUAUUUAAUGAGUGUCACAUUAACACUGUGCUUUUACUAAAUUACCUGCCAUAUCUUCUUUUUUGUUGUUGUUGUUGUUGCUUCUGUGUAAAUAUAAACAUCUACUAACGGAUCUCCCGAAAGCUUUGUCGUGGAAAAGUUACGGGUUCCUUUUCGAUUUAUUUUCAUUAAUGAACUCUUUAUCAUAGGCUACAGCUCGUGUAGCAGACUCACUGUUAUGCCUUACUCCAGCAUGACCAUUACGAUCUCGAGCACCAGGCCACUAGAAAUAUUCUCCGCGACGAGGAACAUUCCAGAAAAAUUGACCAUUCCCACUUUCCACUGUCAAGACUGAAGAGAUAUUCUAUACACGGGUGAUGAGCGAGGGGGUUGAACGAAUUAACUAAGACUUUCCGUCUAGCAUCUACUGAAAAAACGCGAUUCUAUUAGAUGUUUAUUUGUGUGCUUGUUCUUAUAUCACUCUAUUCCAUUUGAUUUAUCGGCUUUUCCAUCCUAGACUUUCUUUUCGAGUCCAAGAUAUACAAACGGCAUUUCUUGCUGAACUAAUGCUAUAUCUUUUGUCCCUCUGAUCUAUCUGUGCUCGAAAAGUGUAGCUCAUUAUAUAUAUUUCUUUACCACGACAAAUUGAGUCUUAAAUCAUUCUGACGGAUGUGAGAUCAUCCCUGGAGCUCUCAUGAAUACGUAAAUGUUUUUUAUUAUUAUUAUUAUCCAUAUCAGACACACCAGAGUCACUUGGCUAUUAAUUACCUAAUAAAUGAGAAAAGGGAAAAUCACCAGUCCCCACCUGAGCUCUCUCGUUUUUGUAGUUCAUAGUAUAUCGUGUUGGUCACGUCUUUUCUUUCCUUUCCCACCGCUUCGGUGUGCACGUCUCACCGCCGUGGAUAAGCAGCGACCUUACACCGCGACGUGAAUAGAUUCUGAUCUGCUCUUUUUUAAUGUGAAAUGUACUUCUGUAUACGUAUAAAAUAACAGCGCUGUGGUUGUGUCGUAUGUCCUUUGUGUUUCUUUUUCCGUCCGGGAUCUCUUUCUAACGUGUACAGGUUUUGUGCCAACUCCAUGAACUAACAGCCAUUUUAUUACAAUAUAUAUACAGUAUAUAGAUUUGGAAAAACAGAACCUAUAAAUAAAGAUGUCAAAGAUU